ACAGCCUUAUUCGCACCAAUUUAACUUAUAAUCUCUAAAAUUCCCCAGGUCUUUUUAACACUUACUAAAUCAUACAACCUCCAUUUUGAAUUCAAGCAGUUGGUUUAUGGAACUGGACUUACAAGUUACAUUUGACUACCUGCCUAGCUGAAAUUGUUUAGGUCCUGAUUCAGUCUCUGAAAGGCAUUCAUAAUUCCUUCUAGUGUCAUUGUCUAUCAAUUUGAUAAACAGGAUACUUAACUAUAUCAUUUAUAAAAAUAUUAGCACAGAAUCCUGUGUUAGAUCACAGUGAUCUGUUGACAUAUUCAUGUGCACUGCUGCAGGUGCACGAAUAACUCACGAAUCUUUUAUAUCCUUAUUAUGAAGGAAAACAUACUGAUUUUUUUUCAUUGCUGACAAAUGUCAAAAUCAAAGCAUAACAAAAAGGAAAUCCUGUCAGGAACAACGGUUUCUACUGCUCAUCUCUUUAAACCGUUUCUAAAAUCUACCUUGGUAAGACUAGCAUCCUACCAGCCUGCACUCUGGGAGAGGCGAUGGCUGGGGUGGGAAGGCAUGAAGAGAAAGAGGAAAUGAGUACACACAGAAAACGCUGCAACACUGCGCCCUCUGCCUCCCCUGCGAUUAGUUUCCCCUUCAUCCCUCAGCUUAAACGGGUAGUUGUGGCAAACCUGAUGCAGCACUACGGCUUUAAAGAUUUACCUUGAUUCGUGAUUUUUACCAAGCAAAUAAACGCAGUAAAAUGCUAUGCCUCAAACGUAGGCAUAAACGAGAAAUGGAAACAGAAAACCACAAUGCUGCAGUGGAGUUAUGACAAGCCAGGUCGACGCCUUCCGCUGGAAAAGCCCAAGAUGGCCGGGCUGAAGUCCACCACCACCCCUUGCCCAAAGCCAGCCCAAGGGAAGUCAAGUGCCGCACCACGCCCCCUUACGUCACCGACAUACGUAAUCCCGCUCGUCCGAAAACGUGCCGCAGGGCGCAGGCCCCGCCCCGGCCCCGCCCCACGAAAAGGGGGGCGGCCGGGCGCUGCUCCUGAAGCAUGAUGGGACUAGCUCUUGAGCCUCCCGGCAGCCUCUACGACGGGCGUGGUGCGUAAGGAGCUAGCCGGCGGUGGCGGUUCUCCGUAAAAUGGCGGACCGGCGGCGGCAGCGCGCUUCGCAGGACACGGAGGACGAGGAGUCCGGUGCUUCGGGCUCCGACAGCGGUGGCUCCCCGGGGCGGGGCGGAGGAAGCUGCAGCGGGAGCGCUGGAGGCGGCGGUAGCGGUUCUUUGCCUUCCCAGCGCGGCGGCCGCGCCGGGGCCCUUCAUCUGCGGCGGGUGGAGAGCGGGGGCGCCAAGAGCGCCGAGGAGUCCGAGUGUGAGAGUGAAGAUGGCAUGGAAGGUGAUGCUGUUCUCUCGGAUUAUGAAAGUGCAGAAGACUCAGAAGGUGAAGAAGGUGAAUACAGUGAAGAAGAAAACUCCAAAGUAGAGCUGAAAUCAGAAGCUAAUGAUGCUGCUAAUUCUUCAGCAAAAGAAGAGAAGGGAGAAGAAAAACCUGAAACUAAAGGCACUGUGACUGGAGAAAGGCAAAGCGGGGAUGGACAGGAGAGCACAGAACCUGUGGAGAACAAAGUGGGUAAAAAGGGCCCUAAGCACUUGGAUGAUGAUGAAGAUCGGAAAAAUCCAGCAUACAUACCCCGAAAAGGGCUCUUCUUUGAACAUGAUCUUCGAGGGCAAACUCAGGAGGAGGAAGUCAGACCCAAGGGGCGUCAGCGAAAGCUUUGGAAGGAUGAGGGUCGCUGGGAACACGACAAGUUCCGUGAAGAUGAGCAGGCCCCCAAGUCCCGACAGGAGCUCAUUGCUCUUUAUGGCUAUGACAUCCGUUCAGCUCACAAUCCUGAUGAUAUCAAACCUCGAAGAAUCCGGAAACCCCGAUAUGGGAGUCCUCCACAAAGAGAUCCAAACUGGAUUGGUGAGCGAUCAAACAAGUCCCAUCGCCACCAGGGUUCUGGGGUUACCCUUCCACCAAGAACAUUUAUUAACAGGAAUGCAGCGGGUACUGGCCGCAUGUCUGCACCCAGGAAUUAUUCUCGAUCUGGGGGCUUCAAGGAAGGUCGUACUGGUUUUAGGCCUGUGGAUGCUGGUGGGCAGCAUGGUGGCCGGUCUGGUGAGAAUGUUAAAUAUGAUGCUAGCUACCGGUCACGGCGCCUAGAGCAGACUUCUGUGCGAGAUCCAUCUCCAGAAGUAGAUGCUCCAGUGCUUGACAAUCCUGAGAAGGAAGAGGCAGCUUCAGAGGCACCAACUGCUGCUCCUGACACUGCACCACCAGCCCCCGAUAGGCCCAUUGAGAAGAAAUCCUAUUCCCGGGCCAGAAGAACCAGAACCAAAGUUGGGGAUGCAGUGAAAGCUGUGGAGGAGGUGCCCCCUCCUCCUGAAGGGCUGACCUUAGCACCUGCAGUCCCAGAAACUUCCCCUCCUCCAUCUACUAAGUCUGGGAACUGGGAGGCUCCAGUAGACUCUGCUGCAGGUGGACUUGAACAAGAUGUGGCACAGCUGAAUAUAUCAGAACAGAAUUGGAGUCCAGGACAGCCUUCAUUUCUGCAACCACGGGAGAUUCGAGGUGUGCCCAACCACAUACACAUGGGAGCAGGACCUCCACCUCAGUUUAACCGGAUGGAAGAAAUGGGUGUCCAGGGUGGUCGAGCCAAACGCUAUUCAUCUCAGCGGCAGAGACCUGUGCCAGAGCCCCCUGCUCCUCCUGUGCAUAUCAGUAUCAUGGAGGGACAUUACUAUGAUCCAUUGCAGUUCCAGGGACCAAUCUAUACCCAUGGUGACAGCCCUGCCACACUGCCUCCACAGGGCAUGAUUGUGCAACCAGAAAUGCACCUUCCCCACCCAGGUUUACAUCCCCAUCAGACACCAGCACCUCUACCCAAUCCGGGCCUCUACCCUCCACCAGUGUCUAUGUCUCCAGGACAGCCACCACCCCAGCAGUUGCUUGCUCCUACUUACUUUUCUGCCACAAGCGUCAUGAACUUUGGUAAUCCCAGUUACCCUUAUGCUCCGGGAGCACUGCCUCCCCCACCACCUCCUCAUCUAUACCCUAAUACACAGGCUCCAUCACAGGUAUAUGGAGGAGUGACUUACUAUAACCCUGCCCAGCAGCAGGUGCAGCCAAAGCCCUCCCCACCCCGAAGGACUCCCCAGCCUGUCUCUAUCAAGCCCCCUCCACCUGAGGUUGUAAGCAGGGUUCCAGUUAAUAGAGUUUUGAAAUAUUUUUCAGUCUAACCUACAAAAUCAGCAGAGGUAAGAACUCAGAAGAGAAAGACAACAGACCAUCUACUACCCAGAAGGCUUCAAAGACCUGGGGUAGCCCAGCAAGCAGCUGGAGGAGGUGGAACCCCUUCCUCUCAGGACAAGCUCUGCUGGAGAGAGGAGAAAUAGGGUGACCUCCUCCCACCUUUUCACUUGAGCUGGCUGUGCUCAGGGGAGCAGAAACUGGACAGCCCAGGCUUCUGCAUCUAGAUCCAGAAGCUGUAUCUUCUUGCUCUUCUUCACUUUCUCCCAGGAAAUUCAAGUUUUUCCUGUUUGUUUCUUAAAGCGUUCAUUUUUACAGCCUGGCUUGCUUGCUUUCCUUAAAUUGAUAUUCUUAGUGUUUCUCUCCUUUUUUUCCUGCCUCUCCUUCCUCCUUUCCUCCCUCCCUUCCUCCCUUCCCCUCUCUCUGGAAAAAGUUUAUUCUGGUUUGCUAGCCUCUCUGGGUUCCCUUUUGAUUCCUACCUGUAUCCCAGAUUAUUGAGAAUGUAUCACCCAAAUGUAAAAAUAGCUGACCUUUCACUUUUGAUUGGCCUUUGUUAUUUUAUACUUGGAUUCUCCUAACUUCUCUAACCCUGUGGAAGCAGAGCUGUCUGUACAGUGUCCCAUUGUGGAGAAAAGCUCAGAGUGGGUGAGUAGGAGCCCUUCUUUUUGAUACAAGCUUUAUAAAUCUGCUUCCAUCAGUACCUGUGUUCUGGUGGGUUUCAGUCCCCUACUGAGGCAGUUUCUACUGUGGGGAAAGAUGGCAAACCUGAUCCUUUUGUGAGGAGGGGUGGAGGGUGGAGUGACAGCCUCUGCACCUUAGGAGAAUGUAUCACACAGUCCUCAGAGUUUAGCUGGUGAGGUAAGUGGAAUUAGUGGACCUUGCUUCUCUCUUUUCCAUCCCUCCUCCCACAUCCCCUUCUCAGUUGCUAUGGACCAAUGCAUCUCUCUAGAGGCAAAUACUAUCCAGCUAGUAGUUCUUUGCAAUUAUUUUCCAUAACUUCCUGCUACAAGUAUUUGAGCGAUUAUUACUUUAUUUUCUCCAAAUUCUGCUCCUGUUCUUACAAACAGAAGAUACGUACCUGGGCUUAAGGCCUAAGGAAGCCAGUCACCUUUUGGGCAAAGGUUCUCCCUCCUGUCCUCUUAUCUAUGGCACUGUCCUACCCUCCUGCCUCUGCGGAAAUUUCCUGUUAACUGCAGCACUAGCACUGUGUCUGCCAGGGGGAACUUGGCCACUGUCUCUGUUUUACAGAACCUGAGGGAGAAGAUGGGAUUGUCUCUCCCUAGUAAUGUCACUCUCCCUAGUAAUGUCACUGUCUGUUCUUACUUCUCUCCAGCAGCUGGCCUAACCACUUUGAAUCAUGGUGUAGGCUGGAGAGGGGGAGAGGCAUUUAAGUUGUAACCCCCAAGAAGGAAAUAACUAAGAGGUUCUUCCUAGUGGUUGUGCCUUUUGUAGGCUUCCCUUUGCCUUAAACCUGUGUAUGUCCCUUCAAGCCUGUGGGCAGCAUGCCCAGAUUCCCAGACCUUAAGACACUGUGACAGUUGUCUCUGUUGGUCCACUGUAUUUAGUUGCAAGGAUUUCGCCAUGUGUGUUACUGUUGUUGUUUUUUGUUACUGUUUUAAAGGGUGCAUAUUUGUGAUCAGCAGUGUAACUUGGAGAUAAUAAAAUUUAGACUAUAAGUUUGGCUCCCUUGCCAGUUCUUUGCAUGAGUCUUGAUUUGUAAGGGAAGGAAAAUGACUCCCUAAGUCCCUUACAGAGUCGCAGUCACAACCGCAGUCACAAUUGAGCCAGCUCAGACUGAUGAAAUGGCCAGAGAGGUGA